ACUUCCAUCUCCACUAAAAGAUUUCUUUCCAUAUUUUCUUCAAGGCAAAACAAAAGACUGGCUUUGGCUAAGCCACCCUCUUGCCACAAUUAUAACCUGGGGGUAAAUUAGGGCAGCUAGUUUGAGUGAGUUCCUGCCACCUAAUAGAAUAAGGAACACAGUUGCCUGAUAAUUUGGUCAGAAGGUGAAAGUUGGGGGCGUAGCCCAAAUUAUGAGGCGGGAGUCUAAGAAAGAUGUUCCUGGACUAGCCAGCCUCUGUCAGGAUAAGCAAUUAGUCCCACGCUUGAGCUAACGUCCUGUGCUAGCAAGCACCAGCAUCCAGCCAGCAUCUGAAGUUCAGUGAAGAUACGCCACCAUCUGGAUAGUGAGCUGAAGGGUUGUUAAGAGCAGGGAGUACAUCCAGGAGAGGAUGGAGUGGUGGGGAUACAAAGUACCCGGAGCUGAAAGUCUUCCUUCAGGCUCCUCGGUUCCCUUGAAGGGAAGGCAAAUCUGAGCGUAUUCGCUUUUAUAGGAAAAACGCUGCACUGUAUCUCGCCUUUGCUGGGGGAAUUGGAAAGGUUUCCAUUCUCAGAUACUUCUUUAACGAAAGCUUACCCUGGAUUGGGAGAGGGGACACUAGACAGAGUGCAGAACUAGAGAAAAUGGAGGCAGGAACCGCCCUCAGAAAGUCUUGAAGUGAGAAAGGACGUUAACGCCAGUCCCAAGUUGAUGCUUUUGUGAUGCUACUUGCUCUCUUUGCGGUCUCACAGACGCAACAUGUCUGAGGCUCCUGAACAAGACUGGGCUGAUGGAGCCCCUGACCGGGGGCGCCUUGCGAGCGUCUCCUUUAAUAGGCGGGGCCGGAACCCCAACGAGUCCCCGGCUUUGUACGUGUCGGGGGCGGAGCCGCAGACGGCCCUUGCAGCAUGGCCGCCGGCGCUGCCGCCGCCUUAGCCUUUCUGAGUCAGGAGAGCCGAGCCCGGGCCGGGGGGUUCGGCGGUCUGCGAGUCCCUGCCCCGGUCACUAUGGACAGUUUUUUCUUCGGCUGUGAGCUCUCAGGCCAUACCCGCUCUUUCACCUUCAAGGUAGAGGAAGAGGAUGAUGCGGAGCACGUGCUGGCUUUGACCAUGCUCUGCCUCACUGAGGGGGCCAAAGAUGAGUGUAAUGUGGUAGAAGUCGUGGCCCGGAAUCAUGACCACCAGGAGAUCGCAGUCCCUGUGGCCAACCUCAAGUUGUCCUGCCAACCCAUGCUCAGUUUGGAUGACUUCCAGCUCCAACCACCUGUAACCUUCCGCCUGAAGUCAGGUUCUGGCCCUGUGCGGAUCACUGGGCGGCACCAGAUUGUUACUAUAAGCAAUGAUGUUUCUGAGGAAGAGAGCGAAGAAGAGGGCAGUGAGGAGGAGGAAGCUGAGUUGUGCCCCAUCCUGCCUGCCAAGAAGCAGGGGGGCAGGUUCUAACCCUCCCUGGUCAGCUAGCUGCCUGCCACAUGCACCAUGCACCAGGUUCCUGUACAAGUUUCAAGAAUUUUGUGUCUUUUCCAUUGAAGAGGAUGGGUAGUGG